AAAUCAUAAUAUUCAUUCAUCAAAUCCUACAACAACACACCAGAAACAUCUAUAGAGAGAGAGAGAAAGAAAAGGUUAAUUUUUGGCGGUGAUCAUGGACAUGGGUGGCCUUCAAAGAUCCGCAGUAUCUUUCAGAAGACAAGGCUCUUCUGGUCUUGUUUGGGAUGAUAAGCUCGUAUCUGGUGAAUUGAACAAAAUCAACAAACAAGAACAAGAUCAAGAUCAAGAUCAUAAUAAAAAAGACCAUGGCUUAUCGAUUAAAACCAACGCUGCUGGAUUUCGCACCAGAAAACAAGAGCCGGCGGCGGUAGACCCUCCGUCUCCAAAGUUAUCUGGCUGUGGAUUCUGUGGCGGUUUUGGAAAAAGUGGCGGUUCAGGGAAGAACAAUAAUAAUAAGAAGGGUCAACGGUCAAAGCCACUUAAUAAUAAGAAGGGUCAACGGUCAAGGUAGAGAUAAUUAGAUAAACUUGUUUCUUCGUUUCAAUUCAAUAUGAUCGUCUUGUUGUUGGUGGUGUUGUACUUUUUCCCCCUUUUUCCGGCACCGGAGAUGGGAUAUUCCGGCAAGUAUUUUGUGAAGUCUGGCUAUGGGUGAGUAGUUUAGAAAAUUCUUGCAUGUUUUUUAGAACAGAUUAUAGAAGAGAAAAUUUUCAAUUAUUUUAAGGUAAAAAUUCAGGUGGAGUCAACUUAUUUAAAGUUGAUAGCUGAUAAUUUAAUUGAUUUGACUAAAUUUUUAGCUAUCAAUUUCACAUAAAAUGACUGCACAUGAUGAGUUUUCACCUUAUUUAAAAUAAGAAGUUUGGUUAAAAAUUGUAAAUUAUUUUAAAAUAUUUCGAAAAACAUGCAAGAAUUUCCACAAAAAAACGGAAGAAAGAUGUGAAUUGAUAUUGCUAUAUCUCCUUUAAUUUGUUAGUUUCUUCUCUUUUGGGUUUUAGUUUUAUUUUUAUUUAGAUUAAUAGGGUAGUUUAUGUGGCUGAGUUGUGGGUUGUUGAACUUGUAACUAUGUGUAUAUUUGUUGGGUUCAUAAAGAAUUUUGAUGGUUUGCAAUUUGA